UAGGUAGAUCAGUGAGGCGCUUAGUGGCUCACAUGUAACAUAGUAUACAGGUUAUAUAUCUCCGUGUGUUGAUCUUCUGCACGAAUCCGUCAGAUUGGGGAUUAUUUGGGGCUAUUUUAGGAUUCAGAGAGAAGUUGUGAUUUGUGAAAAGAAAAAAAAAGCCCCUCCGUCGACGUCGCUGGAGGUUUCAGAGCAAACAUGGAUCACUUGUCUCGGGGCGUGUGUGGUUAAGAAGUAGCUGUUAACUACCGGAGACCUGAAUUAUUUUGAUUAACGGCAGGUGGGCUGGGUCAUGCUGAUGGACAAGGACACUCAGUGGCUGUACCAACUCCUGGCUGAGGUCCAGUUGGAGAAGUUCUACCUGCGCGUGAGAGAUGGCCUCAACAUCACCCGCAUCGAGCACUUCUCCUACGUCAAGGAGUCCGACCUGGAGCAGAUAGGAAUCAGCAAACCAGCACAAAGAAGAUUAUGGGAUGCUCUGAAACGCUACAAGACAAAAUCACGAUCAUGGCUUCCCAAGGGGUUGAGCAGUCGAGGUCUGGACAGUGGGGAGCAGUGGAGCGGAGGCAGCCCGGCCCAGAGUCAGGAGAGUGUCAGUCGGGCUCUGCCCUGUCUGAUCCAGGACAGCGAGCUGCUUCUGGGAGAGAAGCUGGGCUCCGGGUCCUUUGGGGUGGUGAGGAAGGGAGAGUGGCACGCACCCACCGGGAGAGUGCCUCCUGCCGCUGCCGCCGCCGCCGCCACCACCUCCAACCCUGCUACUAGCUCCAAUUACAUCUCACCCCCGGUAAAGGGAAGCCUGCAUCACACCGGGCACGGAGACAUCAAACCUGAGCGCUGCUGGGGGACACCUGAGAACCUGGAGGACAGCGGCAACUGGAGGCCGGGACCUGUCAGGGAGAAGGAUACGUCCAAUCUGCAGAAAAUGGCAGGUAUGUCCCGGAGCCUUGAGUCAGUUAUGAGCGGACACCGACCGCGGGCAAACACAGUAGGGAUGAUCAGAGUGGAUCAGCAUGGCAGACUCAUGCCUCCAGGGAUGGUAGCUCACAGUGUGGUGAUGCAGCAGGACCCACGUCGGUUCAGCGAGGCAAGCAUCAUCCCGCCGCCGCGCCCACCUCUCCCCAACCUGAAACGCUUGAACAUGAAACUCCAGAGGAAGCCUAAUAUCUACCCGGUCCCAGGCACCUCGUGGCCUCCACAGGUGGUCCCGCCCCCUUCAGCGCAGCCUCAGCCUCAGCCUCAGCCUCCACCUCCACCCCAGCAGGGCGUCGGAGGCUCCAACCUGGCUAAGAUGGCCCACAUGGCCCGCUCCACCCCGCAGCUGGAUGACUACUCGGACAACAGAGAGAGGGAGCCGAACAGAGAUCGAGAGAAGUCACCUCAUGUGCUGAACACGAGAGACAGCGUCGUCUCACAGGUUAUGGAGGCCGUGCACGGAGUGACCAUCGAAGAGGUCCAUACUGCACUUCAACGCAACGACUGGAACCCAGUGCGAGCUGAACAACAACUCAAGUUGGAGCAGCUGUACUCGUUGAGCCUGUGCUCCAAAGAGGACUGUGUGAGGGUCCUCACCAAGUACCAGUGGAACCUGCAGCUGGCCAGCCGCUACCUCAUCCGAUGGUCGCGGGAAGACCGGUCCGGCCCCGGCGAGAGGGAACGACCCACAGUCAGCGCAGAAAGACGAGUCUGACGUGAUUCUCUGGCUGAUAUUAGAAGGCAUUUUUCACACUGACACACUCUGACACUGGAAGAUGAUACGGGACCUUGACAUGGGAACGGAUGUAGAAGAAUGAAGAUGGUUACAAAAGGAUAAAAAGAUUUUGAAACAUAUAAAUUUAGCAAAAAGGCUAAAUGUUUGACUGUUUUUUUUUUUACCCAGUACAUGAUGUGUUUUUUGCAAAUAGUUUUUGUAUCUUAAUGAGUUUGUAUAUAUUGUACUAUUAGAAAUUAUUGUUUAUUGAAUAAAAUUGAUCUGGUAUUAAUACUGA